UUUUUGUUUACUUAUUUAUUGCUCCUUCUAUAAGCGGCAACUUUAUAUCAGCUGCAGCAGCAGCAGUAGUUGAGUGGGCAAGACAGGUGUAUGCUGCUUAUACAGGGCGAUGCCCCCGGUGUGUGCCCAUAUAUGUGUAUAAGUGUACCGCACACAGCGGGGGAAUGCAAUAAUAACACGCUGCGGUGCUAUACCCCUAUGUGCUGCCCCCUGUGCCCGCUCACCCGCCCCCAGUGACAGGCCAGCGUUACCCGCCAGCCAGGCUGCUGCUGUCACAGGGCGGAGGGGCCGGGGCGCACUUCCUGGUGUCACACACACACACGCCGCUGCCGCUGCUGUCAUCAUGGUGGCGGGGAGAGCGGGAUCCCGGAGCAGGGCAGAAGACAGGGGGCUGCCGCCUCGCCACAGAGGCCCGGUGCGGCAGGAGCGGGCACGGUGCCCGGGCGGCAUGGCGGCGGUGUGGCUGGUAGCGGUGACCGUGCUGCUGAGCUCGCUGCCCGGGCUGUCCAGGGCGGUCCAUGCGCCAGAGGGCACGGUGCGGGCUGUCACCUCCAGCAACUGGUCGGCGCUCCUGGAGGGGCAGUGGAUGGUGACAUUCUAUGCUCCCUGGUGUCCGGCAUGUCAGCAAUUUCAGUCAGAGUGGGAGAGUUUUGCAAAACAAGGUUCAGCCCUCAAUAUCAAUGUGGCAAAAGUGGAUGUUACUGAAGAACCAGGACUGAGCGGCCGAUUCUUUGUUACGACUCUUCCAACCAUAUUCCACGCCCAGGACGGGGUGUUUCGACGCUACCAUGGAUCAAGAAUGGUAGAAGACCUUAACACGUUUAUUUCGGAGAAGAAGUGGAAAGUUUUAGAGCCAGUGGCAGGAUGGAAAUCACCUUCCUCUAUCUUGAUGUCUGGAAUGGCAGGUCUGUUUAACUUAUCAGGAUGGAUUAGGCAAACGCACAACUACUUCACAGGCCCUCUAGGGAUACCGGCCUGGGGCUCGUAUAUUAUCUUUAUCGUAGCCACCUUGCUGAUUGGGCUAACACUUGGUUUGAUACUGGUGCUACUAACGGAUUGCUUUUGUCCAGCUAAACCCAAGUAUGAAGUGGUAAGAUCUGAAAUAAGGAAGGAAGAGGUGGAAAUUCUAGAUCAAGAGCCAUUGGACACUUCUGUGGAAAGAAAAACUGGGUCUGACGACGAGGAUGCCAUUGAGGAGGAGGAUGAGGAUGAAGAUGAGAAUGAAGAUGACCUAGGGGAGGAAAAUAAAGGUGACAGCGGAGAUAAUAGCGAUGCUGAGGAGGAGGAGGAGGAGGAAGACUCUGCAAUGGAGAACUCGGAGACUGGGGAUGAGGAAGAACCCAGCACUCAUAUACCAGAACCAAGCACCCCCGAAUCUGAAAGUGCCCUGAGACAGCGCAAGAGUGAAGCGGUGGAUAGUGGACAUUAGACCUCCUUAUUUACAUAUGUUUAUGGACCAAAGAUAUGUCACCAUCAUAUUUUUGGUUUUGGAUAAGGUUUUUUGUAGCAUGAUGAAUCCGUAUUUUGCACGGAAGCGUCCUUUCUCACCAUAACAUAACGAAGAGUGUUUUUUUUUUUAAGUUGUAUUUCAGAAUCACAAUUAAAAUGUAUUAUUUAACGUCCCCCCUUUAAGAAAGCCUGAGAUGCACCUGAGUUUACACCAAGUUCUUUCUACCUAGUUAAGGAAUUUUCGCAUUCGGUUGAAUUCUCCAUUCAGUGUAGCUGUAUAUAGACAUCUGCUGCACUAGUUAGAAAAUAACAAGUUACAGUUUUAAAUUGCACACCUGUCGUACACUUUAAGGCAGACUUUGUCAUCCUGUGGCUCUCUAGUUUUUGUGGAACUGCAAGUCCCAGCAGGGCUCGCUAGAAUUCGCAGCUCAAUGACACCUGAAGAGCCGCAGGUUGCUAAUAUUUUUUGAUAUGGGGGCUAAUGUGUUGUAUGCAGGUCAGAAUAUAUUUUUUAUUGAAACAAUUUGCAAGGGAGAUUUGUACAAGUACAGACAUGGGGAGGGGGAUGUGUAAUAAGUGUAUUUAUUCUAGAUGAGAUGCAACUUUUUGAUUCAUGCAGGCACUUUGCUGCACUGAAGAGAAGCAUAAUAAUACAGUAUAGCCAUCUAUUGGGGAAUGGAGGUAUGUCAUAUUACACUGUGAUCUAUAAUAAUAUUGUAAACAUGAAGAAAUCCUCUCAAAUGUGACAUAAACUGAUGUAAACUUAAAUAGGCUAAUUCAGUUGGAGGUUUUCUUGGAUAAAUAUAGUAUCCUAUUCAUUACAGGAAGCAGUAAUUAGCAUUCCCUCAAUAUGUCACAUAGUUACUAAGGCAUUGACUCCUCCCAUUAUUUUAUGGCAGAUGUUUCCCUAGGAGCCAAGAAUCGUAAAGGCCAGCCCUGAUUCUCUUGAAAAUGAAAAAUGUGAAAAGGAAAACUGCCCAUUGUAUAUUUACAUGUACUUCUAUAUUAAGAGCGCAGCACAGGAUCCAAAUAGACAUCGCGCACAAAUUUUCCAAAAGUCCACCAAUGUUUUUUGUUUUUCUUUAAAGUAUUCAAUCUUAAGAUGCAUACACACGGUGCGAUGUACCGUUGCGAUUUUGAGUAUAUAAUCAAAAUCGGAAGGAAAAUUAGUGCAAAUCGCACCGUGUGUACACAGCUUGCGAUACCGAUGCACGCUUCCGUGGGGUCGGUAUCGCAAGAAAAGAUAUAUACUGUGCAGGCAAGUCAAUCUUGACUAUAUUGUGCACAGUCAUAGUAUAGGCAAAACUGUCACAUAGUCAAAAUCUCAAGUAAAAAUAGUUAGUAUCAGUGGUUCAGGGCUCCGGAGAGUUCAGGCGAAACCGCAACGUCAAAAUCUCACCGUGUGUAUGCACCUUAAGUAUAUUGCCAAUAUAAUAUAUAUAUAUUUACACACAUAUUAUGAUGCCUCAAAGGUAAAAUGAAGGGAUUUGUUUUUUUAACUGCUAUAUAUGAUUAAAUUAGCUUUUUAUAGAACUUGUUUUCUUUUUUUUUUCUUUUUUUUGUUGUUGAUAAAAUUAGCUGAAUGGCUGUAAAAGCUGCCCAUUGCAGCUAGCACACAGCUGUGUCAGUGCCAGUCCGAGCCUUUCAUAUCACUUCCGAUGUUUCUUGUGGCACUGAUAUGGGUGUUGUUAGGCAAUCACUCUAUUGAUUUUAACCACUUCUUGUGCCAGGUAAUUAUAUUUCUACAUUGCCCCAAAAUAUUAAAUGUAAAGGUAACCAAAGGACAUUUUUAAUAAUGUUUACUGGAUGUAAAAUAUAGUUUAUAAAACACUGUUUUGUUUUUCCCUUUCUUUAAUUUUUUUGUUAUGGCAAUGUAAUACUGGAUCCUCCACCUAUUGGCAUUUCAUUUGUCAGUUACGUCUACUUUAUUUCCGCCUCAUGAAAGUUCCCCCUUAGGCUUGGGCCACACACAGCGGUUCAGGAAGGUGCAUUUUGGGUUCACACACUAGCCUUUCCGCAGGAUGCCGCUGCACAGGGUCCAGCCAGUGCCACAACCAAAUUUCCAGUAGAACAGCCACACUGUGUGAACACAUACAAUCAAAUGUAUGUGUUCUAGUUGAAAUCCUUUCAUCCUGCUCAACCGCAGCAUGCUGCGGUGGAUGCGUCACCGCCGAAUAUGUGUGGAUGGCUGCAUAGGAGACCAUGUGCAGGCUCCUUCCAGCCAAGUGGGUCCCGCUGAAUGGGACCUGCUAAACCGCUAUGUCUGGCCCAAGCCUUACAACACUCCAAGAUACGGGAGCUACCAUCCUCCUUGUCUAUUCCUACGCCUUUCUUUAAAUACAUUUUUAGGACAUUGUUUUUAAUAUCCCAGAUACUGAGGUGUGUUUGGUGUCUUCAAAAAGAACCUAUUUAAUAUCCUAUAUCUCGUGUGCGCCGCAGAAUUCCGGUUUUCACAGAACAGUUGGAAAUUGCCGGCCGUAGGUUUUUAUUUACUAAAGUCCAAGUGCUAGUAUUUGCCACUUGGAUUUACAUCUCUUUGUCUUAGUGUCUCUUUUUACCAUUACCAUUAAAUAGCUUAAGGUUACAGAUUGUGUCAUGUACUUAAAAUUAUUUAAUAGACAGCUUGAGUGUUGUGUUAAAUAAAUAAGUUUGUUAAUGAAGAAAUUAUUUUAAAAUUGCUGGGGUUUUUUCAUUACCCAGUUGUGCUUGCAUGUUUUCUUAAUGUCAAUUUGCUGAUUUUUAAACUUUUUAUAAAUUGAAAUAUACUUGUCAGUGGUACAAAUGUUGAAAUAAAAUAAUUAAUCUGGUUA